AUGUAUGAAACUUUGGAAGAUCCAAACAUGUACGAAGAAAGUAGUUGUUUUGAUCCGAAUGGGAUGGUGGCAAAAGACUAUUUUUCCCAGAUGGUUUCAAAAUCAGAGGCAGUUAUGUCUGUGACUAGCAUGCAGCCCCAAAACACCCUUAGGAUGGAAAACUUAGCCUACACAUCUUCCAGUGGAGAAGAUGCUUCUGCUGUUGCUAUGGAAAUCAUUGCACACCCUCAACAAAACUCAUACAAUCAAGUUAAUAACUUGAACCCCCAGUUUGUGCAAGUGGUGAACAACCAUGGUUCAUGUGAGGAGCUUUAUUCUUUCCCCAGUCACUCCUCCGCACUUGAGAGGGGUCACCAUGAUCACCAAUUUCCUUAUUCCACACCAACACCAGAUCUCCUCAACCUUCUCCACUUGUCAAUGACCUUUGAAAACCAAAGCACCAAUCUUCCGAAACUCUCUGGCCCUAUGGGAACAGCAGACAGCACAAACGUCUCAAUUGUUUCCUAUGACCCUUUCUUGCAUCUCAACCUACAAGCACCUCCCCCAGCUCUUGGAAAUGAUUUUGCCUUUGGAGGAGGGGGUAUCAUACAAGGCAGUGGAAUUGCCUACCAAGAUUUUGGAAAUGGGGUGGUGGAGUUCACUCAAGAUGUGGGGAAAAAGAGAGGGGGGGAAAGGACCAACCAGUUUACCAGUACCACUACUGAGAGACAAAGGAGAGUGGAUUUGAGUAGUAAAUUUGAUGCUUUGAUAGAACUCAUCCCAAACCCCUCUAAGCGACACUGCCCUGGUUACGCCGCCUCGUCUAUGCCGCGUCGUCCAAUAUCCUCCCUCGACAAUGGUAGCCUUCAACUCAGCCACCCACCACCUUCCUCAGCUCAGAACAGUGCAAAACGCUACAAGAAAAAAGGUUCCACCUGA